AUGGAGGAUCAACUUGUGCAGCUGCUCGCGGCUACCUCGCUGUCGGACCAAACUCUGCGCAUUAAUGCCGAGAUGGAGCUCAAGAGAGCCCAGACGAACCCAUCAUACUCAUUGUCCCUCGCCAGAAUUGCUUCUCACACUUCUGUCGACAUUGCCACUCGCCAGCUCGCUCUCAGCACCCUGCGUCUCUUCAUCGAAAGCAACUGGCCCAAUGACUAUUCUAAUGUCGAGCCCCCGAUUUCCAUUUCAGAAGAUACUAGGCAGCUGGUUCGACAAGCUCUUCUGGACCUGGCCCUCAGCGGCGAAGAUGAUCGCAAAGUCAAGAUUGCUGCUAGUUACGCUGUCGGAAAAAUUGCGAUCCACGACUUCCCCGACCAAUGGCCUUUGCUCCUACCCACCGUCCUGGCUGCCAUCCCCAACGGCAACGACUCUCAGUUACACGGCGCGCUUCGAGUCCUCGGCGAUCUUGUUGAAGAGAGCUUGAGUGAAGACCAGUUCUUCACAAUGGCAAGAGACAUCGCUAGCACACUGACUCAGAUUGCCAUCAACGAAAACCGAAAACCUCUGAUCCGAUCUCUUGCCAUUUCCGUCUUCCGUGGAUGCUUCGACCUGAUGAACAUGGUCAAGGAAGACCACGCCGCUGAAGUCACUGCAUUUGCCGAAGAACUUCUCAAGGACUGGAACCCAUUCUUUCUCGCUGUUCUCAAGAGCCGCCUUCCCGACGCCGAUACUAGCGCUGCCGCCCAACCGACCGAAUGGAACAGCAUCAUCUCCCUCAAGCUCCAGGUCGUCAAGACUUUGCUUCGCAUCCGCCGUGUCUUCCCAAACCUCUUGCUUCCCCAGAGCGCUACUCUCUUUACUGCUGUUUGGGAAGAGCUCAUGAGCCUGCUGCCAAGCUAUGAACAGCUCUAUAUCGUCAACGAUGCUCAGGGCCGUCUCGAGGAUGUUGAUAACAUUCCAUACACUCUGGACUUUUUGGUCCUCGAGGAGCUCGACUUCUUGAACCAGUGCUUCCGUGCCCCUCCAGUUCAAGCAGAACUCGACGGACAACUCAAAGCCUACCCGAAUGCUCACCAAGUUCCUUGGAUGGUUGACAUCAUGAAGCUCCUCGUAGGCUACUCACGUGUCGUCCGGGAGGAAGAAGACCUCUGGGAUAUUGACUGCUCUCUCUACCUGGCAGAAGAAACGUCGGUCACUGCCAACUACACUGCGCGAACUGCGGCCGGAGAUCUCCUGAUAAAAAUGGGAGAAUGGUUUAAGGACAAGACCAUUGACGGACUGUUCGGCUUCACAAAGUCUCUGUUUCCCAGUGGCGGGUGGAGAAACCAGGAAGCUGCUCUUUACCUGUUUGUCAUGCUCGCUGGGGAUUUUCAAGAUACCGACAAGGACAUUCCCGAAGUCGUUGCUCAUGCGUAUCUUGAGCUCGUCGACUAUGCCAUCAAUCGGGCCGGGGAGCCGCUUCUCCGCGCUCGUGGCUACCUCGUGGCCGGAAUUUUGGGUCCGUCAUACAACCCUCCGGCUAUUCUUCUCGACCAGAUCAUCAACUCCAUCAAUACCGAAGAGUCGGAAGUUGUAAAGGUUGCUUGCGUCAAGGCAAUCAACGACCUCAUUGACGCGCGAAAGGUUCCCAGCGUCCGCCAGCUCUCCAUCCUCAAUGCUGUUCAGACGUACAUGAACAGCAAGGACCCCGAAGAGAUUGAAGAGGCUGAUGAGUUGCUUGUCACACUGACCGGCGCUGUUCGUGCUGCCAUUAGCCUUAACCACCAGAUUGCGCUGUCUGAAGAGGUUCGGGCGGUCGAUCUUUUAUUUCUUCUCGCGAAACUCGGAUCAAGUAACUUUCAAGUCUCCAUUCUUGUGACUGAGGCUUUCGAGGAAUUGCUCAUUACCUUGUCUGACCACGAUUCCUACUCACGUCUUUGUGCGCUUGUUAUCCCAACUCUUACUGCAGCAUUCGAUGUUGGCAACGUUACUGCCGAUAGCCCCCUUAUAUCCAUCGCUGUCGAAUUGCUUGCUGUUAUGGCUGAAAAUGCCCCAAGCCCGCUCCCCGAAGGCUUUAUUGCUGCAACCCUGCCCAAGCUCAGCGCCCUGUUGAUGCAGUCCACAGAAGGCGACAUUCUUCGAUGUGGAUCUCGCACCGUCAAGUUUAUGCUUGUGCACGACCAUCAGCAAGUCCUUAGCUGGCAAGAUGCUAACGGUCGAUCCGGUCUAGAGGUCUGCCUUCACAUUGUCGACCGGUUACUCGGUCCCACCAUAGAAGACAACUCUGCUUCUGAAGUCGGCGGUCUCGCCGCCGAGCUUGUGGAAAAGGCCGGCCAAGAGCGCUUGGGUCCUUUCCUUUCACAGUUACUGCUAGCUGUCGCCAACCGUUUGGCCGUUGCUCAGUCUGCUUCUAUGAUCCAGUCCCUGAUCCUCGUCUUUGCACGCUUGUCUCUGACUGGUGCUCAAGAUGUCGUUCAAUUCCUAAGCGAGAUUCAGAUUAACGCCGAACAAAACGGUUUACAAGUUGUCAUGUCGAAGUGGCUGGAAAACUCUGUCAGCUUUGCUGGCUAUGACGAAAUCCGGCAAAACGUCAUCGCCCUCUCUAAACUUUUUGCACUCAAUGAUGUUCGUCUGGCGGAGAUCCCUGUCAAGGGUGACUUGAUUGUAAAUGAUGACGGGAUGAUCAAGACACGCUCGCGCGCGAAGCAAAAUCCUGACAAAUUCUCGAUUAUUCCCGCUCAACUAAAGAUCAUCAAGGUUCUAAUCGAAGAACUCUUGUCUGCCUCGGGAGUCCGUUCUGCUGCCAACAUCGCUUCAGCAGCUGUAGCCAACGCUGCCCAGUUUGAUGAAGACGGUGGUGAAGACGACUGGGAGGACGAUGAGACUCUGGACUUGACUUUGAACUCCGUGAAGGGUGACCUGAUGUCCUUUAUGGAAAAUGGUGGUCAGCGUCUAACUGAUGACGAGACCCAGGCUUACCUCACAGACUUCUUUAUCCGCGCUUCUCGAGAGAACAUUGGCGGGUUCAAUCAGUGGUAUCCCAAACUCGAGGAGGAGGAGCGACAGAAGCUGAAUGAGCUAGCCACUUCGGCACAGUAG